AUGUUGGCGGGUAUUCCAGAGGAGCGCACCGAGUUCCUCAAGCAAUAUGAUGACUGGUUUACUAUCGACACCCCCGAGCUCAAGAGAAUUACCGAUCAUUUUGUGAAAGAGCUGAACAGAGGCCUUUCAAAAGAGGGAGGUGAUAUACCGAUGAAUUUGACUUGGAUAACGGACUUCCCCAAUGGCUGGGAAGAAGGACGAGUGUUAACCAUAGACAUGGGCGGGACAAACUUGCGUGUCUGUGAUGUAUACCUUCCAGCUGGCAGGAGGGAUUUUGAACAGACUCAGAGGAAGUACAAACUGCCCGAGGAAGUUAAGACGGGCACCGGGGAACAGCUAUGGGGUUGGAUCGCCGAUCGCCUGAAAGGUUUCAUAGAAGACAAGCAUAUCGAGGCAUCAGAGUCAGAGAAGCUCCCACUGGCCGUCACAUUCUCGUUUCCAGUCUACCAGAAGCACAUCAGGAGUGGUGUGCUUCAACGCUGGACGAAGAAUUUCAAUGUGGCAGGGGUAGAGGGUCACGACGUUGUCCCGCAGCUUGAGGCGGCUUUGGAGAAGAAAGUAAGUAUUAUCAAGUCGUGUCUCAUUUUGACGUAUAGACGCAAUGGCUCAUUCGUCCAGAAAGUGCCGGUCCGACUCGUAGCCUUGGUCAACGACACGACAGGCACGCUUCUGGCCUCGCGCUACCGCGAUCCCCAUAUCCAAGUGGGCUCAAUCUUUAGCACGGGUUGCAAUGCUGCAUACAUGGAAACGUGCCAAAAUAUCCCGAAGCUGGGCAAGGGCGGACUUGCAGAAGGUGCGACGGUCGUCAUCAACACCGAGUACGGGGCAUUCGACAACGAUCGCCAAGUCCUUCCUCUGACCCCUUACGAUCUGCAAAUUGACCGGGAGUCUACACGACCCGGUACGCAGAUAUACGAGAAAAUGGUAGCUGGACUAUACAUCGGCGAGAUGCUACGCCUGGUGUUGGUCACCCUUUUCGAGGAAGGUAAACUCUUCAAGGGCCAAGACAUCAGUCGUCUUCGAAGGGAGAACGCUGUCGAUGCGACAUUUCUCUCCAUUGCAGAGAUUGAUGUUUCAGAAGGACUGCAUGAUACGCGAUAUGAGUUCGAAGAGAACUUUGGCUUGACACCGAGCCUGGAAGAUCUCAAGAUAUGCCGGUAUCUGAUCAGCCUCGUUAGUAAGCGUGCGGCGCGUCUUUAUGCCUGUGGAAUUGCGGCCAUCUGCAAGAAAAACAAUGUCAUGAAAUGCCAUGUUGGCGUUGAUGGCGCGGUAUUCAAUAAGUACAGUGGCUUCAAGUCACGGGCGGCUCAAGCUCUGCGCUCAAUCCUCGACUGGCCAGCAGAAGAGCUGGACCUGAUCGCGCUCAAUCCUUCGGAAGAUGGAUCAGGUGUCGGGGCAGCACUGGCAGCAGCGUUGUCCCUUGGAUGUGAUGUUAAGGAAAAAUCAUCCAAGAUCGCUUGUAUUGUUUAG